GAGCAGUCGCCAUGGCGAUGUGGAACGCCAGCAAGGCGUCCUACAGGCCCGGGGUGCUCAUCGGGAACUGGAGCGAGGACCUGAGUUUGCAGGAGGAACGCUGGAAGGAUUUUAUUCAUAAGAGAGAACGAGGAGAACUUUUAAUACAGAACUUCAAGAAACUUCAAGAAAGUGUUUUAAAGAAGAUCCAGCUGUCAGUAUCGAAAGAUGGAUUUGUUCAUUUUGGAGACACCGUGAUGCUUUUGAACCCAGACAAGAAACCCUUAGUGCAGAAUUACUCAGGUGUGCAUGGCAGUCUGACCUUGGCAGUGAAUCUGGAUGAAAUUUCCCUGUAUUCGACCAAAUCAUCGCCAGCCCCUCGGGCACUGAGUGCAGUCGAGAGCGUGAGCCCAGUGGGUCGAAACACUUUCUGCAUUUUAAGUGUUGAUGGAAGUGCAGAGGGUGAACCAAUUAAAUUUGGGCAAAACUUUGCUCUAGGGACAACAGGAGGAUUUUCUGGCCAAAUGUUAUAUCUAGCAAGUGACCAUAAAUCAUUCAUGCGAUUUUCAAAAAAAUCUUGCCUUCAGCAAGUAGUUUUGACAGAUGAGCUCUCCCAGCAAACUUUCUGGCAAGCUGCCUUCUUGGAUCCACAGCUGCGUCUUGAAUAUGAAGGAUUUCCAGUUCCUGCAAAUUCUGAAGUUAUUAUCACUCAUUACUUUACUAAUCGGAGCUUAGCUGUUCCAAGGAAGUUUUGGACAAGGUCUUAUUUUGGAAGAGAACAUGAAGUAAUUUGUCACACUUACCUGGACUCCCAUAAAGCUGAAGAAGAUAAGAAUUACUGGUUAAUAGUUACAGGAAAUCCCAGUGAUGAGAACACUACAAUGUUUGAUAGACCCAACCCUCAGCCAGGCUGGGUCAGAAAGAAUGAGUUUAGUAAAGAGAAAUAGAAUCUAAAAAUCCCAGGCAAGAGCCAGCAGAUGUUGAUGACAUUCUGAUUCUUGUGUUGCUGGUCAGAUUUAGCUUUAGGGAUGUGUGUUUUAAAAACAGAAAUGAAA